UAUGUUUCAACAUUAUUAAUACUACCAUUUCGUUGAGCUCAGUUAUCCCCCCCUCUUAUCCAUCCAUGGCUACCUCUUUCAUCUCAGUUGCUAAACCCUUCGCUUCUCACAAACUAAACCUACCUUCUUUCUCUAAUCAGAUACUUUCAGGUUUGAGAAGCAACACUUUGAGAAUCAAUGCAGUAUCAAAGAAAUGGGAAGCAUCAAAGGUUGUUCCUCAAAAUGAUAGGGUUCUAAUUCGUCUUGAAGAAUUGGCCAAGAAAUCUGCUGGAGGAGUGUUGUUGCCAAAAUCCGCUGUGAAAUUCGAACGAUACUUGAUGGGGGAGAUUUUGUCUGUUGGUGCCGAAGUACAGGAAGUAGAAGCUGGAAAGAAGGUUCUUUUCUCAGACAUUAAUGCGUAUGAGGUGGAUCUAGGAUCGGAUGCAAGGCACUGCUUUUGUCGAGUGAGUGACUUAUUGGCCGUGGUCGAGUAAAAAGAAAUGUUUCAGUUACAUUCCUUCGUUUAAGUUAUGCGCUUAAAUUUCCAUAACCGAAAAUCUGCUAUUGAUAUUUUAUUAUGCAAGACAGUGAUUCCUUGUGGGUAAUGCUUUUGAUCUGAGUCCACUUUAAAGAGAUAAAUUGUCAAGGAUUCCUUAUGAGUAAUGCUUUUCUCUGUUAAUAUCAUGUCUGCAACACGGCUUUGGCAUGAAAUGACAUUUAUAACCUUAUA